CUGCACACCGGGAAAUCCAUUUACCUUGAGCCGCAGCCACAGCUAGCCCGCCUACCGCUGACGAGCCUAUCUAGUAGGCAGGGAUCAAACGGGACGUGUUUAAGAUGAAUAAAUACAGUCAACGUUUAAUACCUGUCAUGUGCAGGUAUCGAAACACCAUGGUGUAAAGUAGCACGCCAUUAGUUCCGUAGAGAUUCUUGGAUCAUAACGUGUCUUUGGUGGUCUUUUGAAGCAAAUCGUCCCAUGUUAUGGAAGCGACGCGGAGGUCAGUCUGGCGGGCUGUCAUCACUUUCAUAAACAAGCCUGCUGGUCUGGUAGAUAUCUUUCGACAUUGAGACAUUGACGCAAUCAUGCCGGGGAAGUUGAAAGCCAAAAUUGUUGCGGGGCGCCACUUGCCCGUAAUGGACCGAGCCAGUGACCUUACCGAUGCAUUUGUGGAGGUCAAGUUCGGUAACACAACUUUUAAAACGGAUGUCUAUCCCAAGUGUCUAAACCCACAGUGGAACUCAGAAUGGUUCAAAUUUGAGGUUGAUGAUGAGGACCUGCAGGAUGAGCCACUGCAGAUCACAGUCCUGGACCACGAUACAUACAGUGCUAACGACGCCAUAGGGAAAGUGUACAUCGACAUCGACCCCUUGCUAUGCAGCGAGGCAGCCUCCGUCAUCUCUGGCUGGUUCCCAAUCUACGACACAAUCCAUGGUAUCCGAGGAGAGAUCAACGUUCUCGUCAAAGUGGAUCUUUUCAACGACUUGAACCGCUUCAGACAGUCCUCGUGUGGGGUCAAAUUCUUCUGCACUACAUCUAUUCCGCUGUGCUAUCGAGCUGCCAUGGUCCAUGGGUUUGUGGAAGAGCUGGUGGUGAACGAAGACCCAGAGUACCAGUGGAUCGACCGCAUCAGGACCCCCAGAGCCUCCAAUGAAGCCCGCCAGAGGCUCAUUUCCCUCAUGUCUGGGGAGCUCCAGAGGAAGAUCGGGCUGAAGGUAUUGGAGAUGGGCGGGAACGCCGUGGUGGGCUACCUGCAGUGCUUCGACCUGGAGGGCGAGUCCGGCAUCGUGGUCCGGGCGAUCGGCACUGCCUGCACGCUGGACAAACUCAGCGCCGGGGCCAACGCCAACGCACACACGCACCCCAACACCGCCCCGGCCUCCAACGCCUGCAACUCCCCGUCCAAGGACAGCAAGGAGCCUGUGUUCAGUGAGGACCCGCCCACGGCCCUCGGCCCCCUGACUCCCCUUCGAGUGCCCCCCUCCUCCUCUCCUCCCCCCUCCUCCUCCUCCAAGCCCUGCAGUCGGCAGUCCUCCUCAUCUGACACUGACCUCAGUCUGACGCCCAAGAUGGGUAUGGGCAGCGGCGGCAGCGUGGGCAAGGAGGCGGGACCUCUGAAGAUGCUCCUGAGACAGCAGACGCAGACGGCCCUGGAGCAGAGGGAGUUCCCCUUCUUCACCCUGACCUGCUUUCCGCCCGGCUUCCUGGUGCACGUUGGGGGAGUGGUCAGUGCGCGCUCGGUCAAACUCCUGGACCGCAUUCACAACCCUGAUGAACCGGAGACCCGGGACGCCUGGUGGGAAGAGAUCCGCCAGGAGAUCAAGUCCCACGCCAAAGCGCUGGGCUGCCACGCCGUGGUGGGCUAUAGCGAGAGUACCAGCAUCUGCGAGGAGGUGUGCAUCCUCUCCGCGGCAGGGACGGCCGCCAUAUUGAACCCUCGCUACAUGCGCGAGGGAUGUCUGGACAUCGGCAGCGGUGACCACAGGUUUGACGAGCCGUCGCCCCCUAGCUGUGGCUUCUGCCACAUCCCCUAUGACGAGCUCAACAUGCCCUUCCCAGCCCAGCUGACCUACUGCUACCAGUGCAGACGACAGAAGGUUCCUGAUGUUCUAUUCACCACCAUCGACCUGCCAACAGAAGCUGCCGUGUCCGGUAAAGGCUGCCUCAUACAAGCUAGAUUGUGUCGUCUGAAGAAGAAGGCGCAGGGGGAGGUGAACGCCACGUCCAUCUCCAACCUGCUGCCCUUCAUGGAGUACGAGCUCCACACUCAGCUCAUGAACAAGCUGAAGCUGCGCAGCAUGAACGCCCUCUUCGGCCUCCGGAUACAGAUCAGCAUCGGGGAGAACAUGCUGCUGGGAUUAGCUUCGGCCACAGGGGUGUACCUUAGCGCACUGCCGACGCCGGGGGGGAUCCAGAUCGCGGGGAAGGCCUCAGGGGACCUGAGUAACGAGCAGCACGUCCUGAGCAUUCAGAAGCGGAUCAACGACGCCAUGGCCAAGAACAAAGAGAUGUACCACAUCAACCCGCCGGAGCUGAGCGAGGAGGCCGCGGGCUCGCCCAUCCCGGAGCCCAAGCAGCGCUCCCGGCUCUUCCGCUCUCAAUCGGAGAGCUCGGACGAACUCUCUGAACUGGACCUCUCCCACGGCAAGAAGGACGCCUUUGUCCUGGAGAUCGACGACACCGACGCGGUGGAGGACAUCCACUCCCUCCUGACUGAUGCCCCUCCCCCAGCCGGCUUCUACAGCUGUAACACGGAGGUGAUGCCGGGGGUUUACAACUGGACCUCUGGACUACAGAUGUUUACGUCAGUGAGGGUCUUACGGUUGAGCAACGCCAAUCUCACCAACCAAAGCCUCAACAAGAUCUUCACUGACAUGUGUGAGAAUCUGCUGAAGAGUCUGUACUUCAAGCUCCGCUCCAUGAUCCCGUGCUGUCUGUGUCACGUCAACUUCACGGUCGCCGUGCCAGAGGACGAACUCAUUCAGGUGGCGGUAACGGCGGUAGCCAUGAGUUUCGAUAAGGAGCCGAUCCUGGAGAAGCUAGGCGACAGGGCCGUUUUCAAAGGAGCGGGCGAGAACGAGGACCAGCUGCAGUUCCCCAUGGAGCUCUGCGCCGAGUCUGCCUCCGUCGCCAUCAGCAACCUGACAGCCAAAUUCACAGGUGUCCCAGAGUACGCCGGCGGUCCGUCCAGAGCUACCUCGGUUGAUUACGGUUCCUUUGCAGACAGAUGCAGCACCUGGCUAGAGCUGAUUAGGCUGAAAGCUCACAUAAGACGAGGAUCAGUUAAGACAAGUAGGAGGACUCAGUCGCUAGCCCCCCCUCCGGAGGGGCGGUCCCGCUCGCUGCGCUCCACGCGCUCCUCGGGCGGCGGGGGGGGGGCACGGCGGUCAACCGUGGUGAAGAUGACGCCCCUGUCCUUCCUGCCCGGCACGCGGCUCAUCAAGUACCUGGGCAUCAUCAACAUGUUCUUCAUCCGCGAGACCACCUCGCUGCGGGAGGAGGGCGGUGUGAGUGGCUUUCUCCACACGUUCAUAGCGGAGGUGUUCGCGAUGGUGCGUGCGCAUGUGGCCGCCCUGGGGGGCAACGCCGUGGUCUCCUACAGCAUGAAGGAGUGUGUGUUCAUGGAGAACCCCAACAAGAACCAGGCUCAGUGUCUCAUCAACGUGAGCGGCGACGCAGUCGUCUUCGUCCGUGACACGGACCAAGAGGCCACGCCCACUCUGAUCCACACGUCCUGCGGCGGGACGGACGGGCCUACUUGAAUCCCUCAAGAACCCCAUCAGGGCAGGCAACCUUUCCCUCCGUCCAAACACAAGGGAUCCGUCACUCAAAGUCAACUUCCAAAGGCCAGGGCAACACUCUUUGUCUCUCUGCUUCUUUUCUUUAACUUUUUUUUUUAUUACAACAUUUGUAUGUGCUCCUGAGGUGAACGUCCUGGACUUCUGUCGACAACGGGUAGUAAGAGAUCUGGCCUACAUCCAUCCACACAGUUGAAAGCCUUUUGGUUUUGACGGCUUGUGUUUUUUGCGUCAUCCAUUGGGAGCGGACACACGAAGCUUCCUUUGCUUGGGUUUCAUCCCCAACGCAGAGCCGCUGUCGCUCGCACCCGACUAUAAAGGGACUAGAUGGGUCCGUCGUGGAGGAUUCAUUUCAGAUUUUAACCUGCCCUGCUCUGGUCAAGAGUAUUAACAACAAACUAGAUCCCCAUCGCUAAUGGAACUCUACUAACUUGUUCUAGAAUAUUGGUAACUCACAACUGUGUGACAUUGAACUAAGACUGGUCUCCGAAGAUGCUUGUUUACCUGGAGUACACUUGUACUAAACAUCCAAACAUGCCCCCUUGUGGGCAAAGCGUCGAUCACUUGACUGAUUUGACAUCAUAUACCAGCCAAUUUUACCAGCCAAUCUACCAUGUUGUGUUCUUUGUCAAAUUGCAUUUACUUUGUGUGUGUUUGGUACCAGCCUGCUUAAGUAGUAUCACAUAGAUGCCUCCAUUUGUUCAAGUCUGGGAACCGUUUGAGUGUGUUCAAGUGACACAAGGCUCCUCCAUAUAAUAACUCAAUGCCUUUAGAUAAUAUUUCAGAAUUAUAAAUAAUUCAUUGUACAAUAGAUUCAUUAUGAGAAUAUACGUUUAGAGGAUGCCGACCACUUGUUGAUUUUAACUGUUUCACUUUUGUUGGACAACGUGGAGCUGUUUGUCGCAAUGUUUAGCCACAAAAAAUUCAAACUGUAGUGUACAAAUUGGUCCAAAAUCUCUUCUUUUUUUACUGAAAGACAACAUCUCUAUACUACUGAACUAGCCAAUGUUAAUAUCGUCUGAUGCUGGAAAAACAUAUAUAUAUACGGUCAAUAGCCUAAUAUUAUCUAGUCUGUGGCGCAAUACAUAUUUUAUGUGAUUUAAAAAAAUAUAUAGUAUUUUGUAAGAAGAAAUUACAUUGGUAAACUGACUGCUCAUUUUGCAUGUGCAACUAGGUCCUGAUAUUUUGACUCAUAUUGUGUCGGAAUGCCGGUACACUUGAAUGAUGUUAAAGCAGUAACAAUUCAAUUUGAAACUUUGUUGGAAACUUGAAUGUACAUAGAUUGCUUUGUGUUUAGCACAAUGCAGAAUCACUUCAUCAUGAUUCAGCUUGGUUGCCUCUCAUGUCUUGCACAAUAAACUCAUUUGAAUACCA